CUCCCCCCCCCCAAGAUGGCGACUUUGGCUUUCGCCUUGGCCAGAGCUGAGCUGCCGAAGGGGCUAUUGCUGGGAGGAUGGCGGCAGCGACUUUGGGCGGCAGCUCAUACGAGGCAAGCUUCAGCAGAAACCAGCUCUACAGAACAGAAAUAUCCAGGGAUUAUUGAAUCUACUAAUGAAUAUAGGUUUGUGGAGAGACUUAUACCUCCCACCCGAGUACCAGUACCCCCGAAACAUGACAGUUAUCCCACCCCUUCUGGAUGGAGCCCACCUCAAGACCCACCUCCUGACCUUCCUUAUUUUGUACGGAGGUCACGAAUGCACAAUAUCCCAGUUUACACAGAUACUACCUACAGAGGGUGCAGGAAGAUGACGGUCAUCAGAAAGAUUGAAGGCGAUAUUUGGGCCCUUGAAAAUGAAGUGAAGGAACUCAUCACACAGCUCUCUGGGCGGACAGCAGUCACCCAAGUGAAUGAAGUUGCCUGCAUGAUUCGCGUCAAGGGAUUUUUUGACCAGGAAUUAAAAAAGUGGCUGCUGGACAAAGGCUUUUAAAUAAAUGAGAGAUAUUCUCACUAGUUUUUU